CAUAUUUUGUAUACAUUCAUAUAUGUAUAUUUAUAAAUAAUCCUUAACUAUGAAAGAAAGUGCAUUGCUGUUAUUCUUGUGUUUUUUUAAAACAACUUUCGGAAUGCGAGAUGUUUUCGUACAGAAAAUGGAAUCUUUAAUUGGAGAAAAUGUUUACCUGCCAUGUAACGUAACAAGUUAUGAAGGAGACGAAGCUGUUUUGGUCUUGUGGUAUCGAGAUGAUAAAGGUACCCCAAUAUACAGUGUGGACAUGCGAGCUGGUAUUUCAAAGGCUCCCAAACGAUGGUCAGACGAUGCGGUUUUUGGAGACAGAGCUUACUUUGUUUUCGAAAACGAGCCUGGAAGGCUUUCUGUGGAAAAAAUACAAGCAAGUGACUCUGGAAUAUAUAGAUGUCGUGUGGAUUUCUUGAAGGCGCAAACAUAUAAUACUCGCAUAAGACUGGACGUCAUAACACCUCCAAAACAAGUCAUAAUACGCGAUAGUGCUAACGUAGAACGCUCAACAGUGGUUGGUCCAUACAGUGAAGGUGACAUUAUUGCGUUAAAGUGCCAAGUUGUUGGAGGUUAUCCAACACCAUCAGUUAGCUGGUAUCGAGAUGGAAUGGAAAUACCAAGCCAAGUUACUUAUUUACCAGGAGGAAAAGUUCUUCAAAGUGAAAUUUCACUUGGACCUCUUGGAAGAAGUGACUUAAACUCCAGACUUGUUUGCAGAGCAAUGAACCAUCCUAAAGCAUCUGUUGUUGAAGCAGUUGUUCAAAUCGACAUGAACUUUUCUCCAUUAAAUAUACGAUUAUUGGGCGCUUAUCAACCUCUAUCAGCUGGACGCAGAUACGAUUUACUAUGUCAAAGUGCUGGAUCCAGACCGCCAGCCGUAAUCACAUGGUGGCAAAACGGCAUCAGAUUGGAAAAGACUACUGAAACUACUUCUAGUGAUGGAAAUCAGACUACCAGUACGCUUUCAAUAAACUUAAGCAAAACCGAUUCAGGAAAAUUUCUAUCGUGUAAGGCUUACAAUCAUGCUGUUCCCUCUGACCCCCUUGAAGACGGUUGGAAAUUGGACAUUCAAUAUAUUCCAGAAGCGUAUGUUCGUUUGGGAACAUCAUUAGAUGCAAAUGCCUUACGUGAAGGAACCGAUGUUUACUUUGACUGCUUGGUAGUAGCACAUCCUCAGGUGUUUCGAAUUGAAUGGCGCCAUAACGAUCAUCCAUUAUUACAUAAUAUUUCGCAAGGAAUUAUAAUCAGUAACCAUUCCUUGGUUUUACAAGGAGUAACAAGGGCCACCGCUGGCAACUAUUCCUGUGUCGGGUUUAAUGCGGAAGGAGAGGGAAUGAGUGAGCCUUUCAAUCUUAACAUAUUAUUUGCUCCAACUUGUGCUCAAAAUCAGCCUAAGAUCUAUGGUGUUGCGAAACAAGAAGAUGCACAGAUUAAAUGCGUUGUCGAUGCCAAUCCUCAUGAAGUGGACUUUAGUUGGACUUUUAAUAAUUCUGCCGAGAGUAUUGAUGUUGCAACAAAUCAUAUAUCUCGGUUAGGUACAACUUCUAUCGUAACAUAUACACCGAUAACUGAACUGGACUACGGAACUCUUCUUUGUGUGGCCACAAAUAAGAUUGGCAGACAGCGGGUUCCAUGUGUAUUUCACAUAAUUGCUGCAGGUCGACCAGAUCAAGUACAUAAUUGUACUUUAUUAAAUAUUUCGAUGACGUCUCUUACGGCAACUUGUAGCGAUGGUUUUAAUGGCGGAUUACCUCAAUUAUUUAAUUUGGAACUUCACGAUGCAAAUAGUAAAGAAAUCAAAGCAAACAUUACAUCAACCGUGCCAAGGUUUACGGUGUCAGGUCUUCUUCCAGGCAAUGUCUAUAUAUUAUCAAUUUUUGCAUAUAAUUCCAAAGGCCGAUCGGACCCUACUAUAGUAAAUGCUGCUAUGUUAAGAAUGCCUGAAAAACAGCUGACUUUUGAACAAGCCCAUAAACCACGCGCAGAGCUGCUGUUCUCUCCAAUGGUAUCGUUAACAAUCGGAUUAACUUUAGCUGUGUUUGUCGCUAGUUUAGCUAUCGUACUUGCACUUCGAAUUCCUUGUGCAGCUACAUCACGAAGACGACAAAAGGAAUUAUCUAAUGAGAAUGAAUCUAGAGAUGUGUCCCCAGGACCGAGUGACCACAGCGCCAGUAAAGAAAUGGAAGAGAGUGAUGAAAGGAACCCAGAUGUGGUUCCCGAACUUAUAGAUUAUGAUGAGCAGGUCGAAUAUGCACGAAAAAGACAACAUAUUUCAACAAUCGAUACUACGAGUUGUAAUUCUCGCAGAAGUGUUUUAGUAAAUUCAGCCUCAGGACAGCAAAUGGAUAUUACUGAGAGAACUUUAUGCGCGGCUCACAGCAUUGGUUAUUGCACUUUACGCAGUGGAAGAAAUUCUCAAAACAAAAGACCGGUUGGAACAUUGCCAAUGAAUGUUACUCCACAUGUUUAUUCAAAUGCCAUUGCUCAGUGUACACUUCCUCGGCAGUCGUUUCAAAAUGAGUGGCCCCGAUACACAAGCAAUGGAACUGAGCCAACCCAUAUUGCACCCAUCUCAACGUUUCAUCAGCUAUCGAUUUCUGCAGACAAGACCCAACCACAUCAGUCUCGAGAUUCUACGGAGGAGUUUGCUGGCUCAUCAUCUUCUACAUCUAACAGUUCUAUGAUUUCAGCAUCUACUGCUUGCGCUCAAUCCCAUGGUCGAACUAUAGCGUUACACCACAUGAACCAAGCUCAAACAAGCAGAGCCUGUAUUGGAACACCAAACAACGUCAUAAACACUGUUGAGCACAUUCAAUCCGACGAUGAGGCUACCGUCCAGACCCCAUUAAUGAUAAAGCGCGAUAGCUCCGUAUGACUAUAGAAUUACCACGGGGUAAACAAUACGACCCUGUGAUGCUCAAACAAAAAUUAGGCUGUUUUUAUAAAAAUGGCGCACAUAUAGAAAUACAUAGAAUUUUUAUACAAUUAAACUUCAAUAUAUAUAUUUAAGAAUAUUCCAGGCCCCUAGAAUGUCCUGAAAAAUUGUUAUUAUUUUUUAUUUAUACUUAGAAAUGGGAGCACUCGUAUCCAAUUCAUGAUAAAAACAUUUUGGUUCCUUGUCUGUUUUUUAACAGAAAACACUAUGCCAAAUUUUAUAAUUGUAAUAAACACUAAGAUUAUCUCCUAGUUUACCCGGAAGAUCAAUAAAAUAAUGUAAAAUAAAUAGA